AUGGAUAAAUUUUUAUGUUGUCUGGAACUUGAAGUAGUAGGAAUUUUGCUUGGAUGGUUAACAAUUAUUGGAUUUGGAAUUGGUUAUUUGUAUUUGGGUUACGUUGCUAGAAACCAUAAGAAAUUGAGAUAUUUCUUGGCAUUGAUUGCCAUUGGAAUUUUUGUCACUCCCAUUGCUGUUUUUAGUUUGCAAGUUUCAGUUCCUGUUCAAGCUACAAUAACAAUUAUUGUAGUGCUUAGCCAUAUUUAUGCAUUCAUGUGCAUUUUAACUCUUCACAGAAGAAUUCAAAAUUCUGAUACUUAUCAACAAUUGGCUUAAAUGGAAAGUUGUUAAAAUUAAUUUUAUUCACCCAAUAAUGAAAUGUGAUGACUUGAUGGUAUUUUAAUAAAUAAACAAAUAUUUUCUUAUCUACUCUCAGUGAACA